AUGGAGUGUGUGAAGCAUGAGCGUGACGGCUGCUCCAGCUCUUCUUUCGGCGAAAGAAUAAUUCACAAAUUUGAUGAUAAAAUUGAACAUGUUGAAGCAAAUUCAGAUGAUGAUGAUGAUAAUGCAUCCUUCCAUUCUUUUUGUGAUUCGCAAACGAGGCUCUCCAAUGUUUCAGCUACUAGCGUAGGCGAAGAAAUUAAGGAAACACAUCCUACAGCUGCCUCAAACAUUCCACCACCACCACCACCUCCGCCGUUACUAAGUAGCUCACUGGUGUCUAUGAAGAGCGAGGAAGACAAGGCCAAAACUCCAUCUCCAAGCAAGCACGUGCUCGAGCCUAAGAGACUGCACAACAUCACCAUACUUUCCAAGGCCCUGAACGUCACCACAGAGCAAGUUUGCGCCGCAUUAAUCCAAGGGGAAGGUCUGUCCCUUCAAGAUUUGGAAGCACUGUUAAAGAUGGUGCCGACAAAGGAAGAAGAGGCGAAGCUCGCCAACUACAAAGGCGACACACUCGAAUUGGGGCAUGCGCAGAAGCCGGUUAAGGCAAUGAUCCAGAUACCAUCAGCGUUUGCAAGGAUCGAAUCAAUGCACUACAGGGAAACCUUCGAAGACGAACUUCUCCAUCUCAAGAAAUCAUUCUCCAUACUCGAGGAAGCAUGCAAGGAGCUGAGGUCGAGCCGGGACUUCCUGAGCAUGUUGGACAAUGUUUGCAAGGAGCUGAGGGCCUCGCCGCGCUCUCCGAAUCCGCUAGUUCCCUUCGGAUAGAGCUGGCUUUUGCAUGCUAUGCUUUGUU